CUUCUGCCCAGCAGUCUCAAUCGAUUCCUUUGGGAAGGGUUUCCCAUGCGCACUCCUUCGCAAUGCCAUGGCAGGGGCCUUGCCAAGCUUCGCCAACUACACCGAGGAGGAGCUGGGCUGCUAUCGCCGCCUGCGGCGUCCUCAAAAAAUGAAGCACCUCUAUGGCCGCACAAAUGUUUGCGUCCGGCGAACACGGGGCGCUGGACUCGGAGGCGGUGCGGCUGCUGCAACGCAGCGGCCUGUCCCAUGAGACGCUGCGAGACCUUUGGGCCACAGCAGACCCAGAGAAGUCGGGGCAACUGGACUGGCGGCGGUUCUGCGCAGCCAUGCGCUUGGUGGCUCAUGCGCAGCAGGGGCACUUGGAGCCGGGCUUGCUUUGGCGUCCUCCAGCGAGUUUGCCGCGCUUCCAGUCAGAGGGCCAGGCGGUCAGGAGCCUUGAUCUCAGCCAGGAGGACAAGGCCUCCCCUAGCUCCCCCGGGUCUCCGCGCUUCGGUUUGGAGAGGGCGCCGGCGCAGCGAGCUCGCGCUUCGCCCGAGAGGCCGCCGCCCCCGGCGGUUGCCAGGCAGCUUUCCGCCAUGAGCGUCUCCGACCGAGCGCUGAUGCAACGGCUGCUGCAGGAGGCCGGCGGCCUGGAGGCGAAGGUGCAGCAAGCGCGGCAGGAGCAGAAGUUGGUGCGGGCGCAGGCGGACGAGGCGCGGAAGGUGGAGCUGCACAUGUCGGAGCUUCAGAGUCAGCUGGAGAGGCAUCUCCGUGAGAACCGGGCGCAUUUGGCGGUGCUCGCGGAGGAGCGGCGGAGGCUUACCGAGAUCAUUUGUGGCUCAGUGAACCAGGAGCAGGCUGCUGCUAAGCGCCGCUUCCUGGAGCAGGCUUUGGAAGAUGAGAUGAGAUGCUUGGAGGAGACUCGAGACUCCAACGCUGUCUUGGAGGAGUCGUGCCGAGGUCUGCAGGAGGAGCUGCGAAGCAUCCAGCAGGAGCGGCUGACCACCCGACAAGAGGCAGAGCAUGAGUUGCGACUUGAGGGUCAGGUGCCCACAUGGGAUGGAUCCAACCGUCUCACACGAGUGGGCGUGUGAGGAA